AUGCUGAGCGACUCAACCACAUAUCAACAUCAAUCACUUGUCAUGCCGGCCGCGACGUCGUCUAAUGCGCCCGGGGCCAACGGCGGGGUGGCUCCCGCUGAGAAUGGCGCCUCCCCGAAUACCAACCCCAAGGCUGCCAACGCCCUCCCUCCACCCAAGACCGACAAGCCUCGACCUCAUGUAUGUGGGACGUGUGAUCGGGCUUUUGCUCGACUGGAGCACCUGAAACGGCACGAGCGGUCACAUACGAAGGAGAAGCCCUUCGAAUGCCCCGAAUGCGCGAGAUGCUUUGCCCGCCGGGACCUCCUCUUGCGGCACCAGCAGAAGCUACACAUGACGACCACCCCCUCCUCGAGACCGCGCAAUCGGCGGGAGAGCGCCGCGAGUAGCACCGCGGCCGGGCCAGGACGGGUACGGAAAGGGUCGGUGGCCAACGGUCACGGUGCCGCGACGAUGAGACCGCGAGCGAACACCAUCAGCCAUGUUGAUGGCGCUCAUAUGCAGCUGGUGGCUGCUACCACCAAUCCCCCGACUGCCCGGAAUGGCAUUGUCCCAACCCACAGCCGUCACCCUAGCCUCGCUGGGUUACCUAUGCAGAAUGACUACCCUUUUGGUGGCAUGUCUUCCGCCAUGGACCAGCGCGGCACCAGUCAUCACGGAUUGCCCAAGCUUGACACUCACGACUUCAACAAUGUGGAUUUCGGGGGCGGUCUGCGCACGGCGCCUGUGAUGGGCGGAUUGAACGCGGACUUUGAUUUUGAGGGACUGCUCUUCGGGCCCGGCUCCACCAUCAAUCCGAAUGCUCUCCACUACAGCGAUUCUCCCCAAUCCAUGGCGAUCGACUCCACCUCUCCUUAUCACAUGGGUCUCCCAGAUAUGUCCGCAGGUCAGGCGCUCGACGAGAACUUUGACUGGAUGAAUGGCUUUGAACAUCAGAUGUCCUUUCAGGAGGCCAACGAGAAUGCCAUCGAUGGGUCGUCCCCGUCCGCAAUCAGCACCGCCAGCCAGAGCGGCAUCAGCGAGGUCAUGCUGGACGGCUCGAACAACCCGGCGGCCUCGUCCACCUCGAUGUGGCAGCAGUCCAUGAUGGCUCCUCCGCUGAUGACACCGAAUCCCUUCAGCCUGGAUCUCGGCGGGACCGGCUUCCCGGAUCUGCUGACGGGAGGGCCGAUGUCCCCAUACAGCUUACCGAAGAAUGCCAACGAUCCUUACUUCUCAACCCCACCACCGUCGAUGAGCUCCCUGAGCCCAUCCGUGAUUCCCGGACUCGGCACGCAGUCCUUCCACCCCCCCAUGAAUCUCGGCCCCGAGACGCCCGCGUCCCUGAACGGGAGCAUGUAUUCCAGCCCCCCCUUAUCUACCAUUACCGAAUCCACUCGCCAAUCUCUCCUAUCCGCCCUCGCGCAGUGCACCCCUUUCGGUGGGCGAAAAUACUCCUUCCCCACCACGGGCUCACCACUCUCUCCCCACUUCGCGGGCCGCACGAACGGGGUCAGCGAGCCUACCCGCACCCUCCCGAGCACCCACGAUCUGCAGCGUUAUAUCGGAGCUUAUAUUCGUUAUUUCCAUCCCCACUUGCCCUUCCUCCAUAUACCCACCCUCUCCUUUGAAGUUCCGACCUUUGCCAAUGAUCCGCGAGCGGGCCUGAUCGAUGGCCGUGGUUGCCUUGUCCUCUCAAUGGCUGCUAUUGGUGCUUUGUACGAGAUGGAGCACGUCCAGUCCAAGGAUCUGUUCGACUCAGCAAAGAAGAUGAUCCAACUGUAUCUAGAGGAGCGGCGGAAGGCCGAUGUACGGAAGGCCGAUCAUCGCAAGGUGGGAGUGGAUCAUGGACCACGGCUCCCCGAGAAUUCAGUCCACACACCUGUCUGGCUCGUUCAGGCCAUGCUGCUGAACGUCGUCUACGGUCACAACUGUGGCGACAAGACGGCAGGGGAUAUCGCGAGCACCCAUUGUGCGGCGCUGGUAUCUCUUGCUCGCGCGGCUGAAUUGCUUCGGCCACCGCCGCGGAACAGUAGCCCACCACAACAAGAUGUGAAGAUGACUGGUGAUGAGUUAGAAGCUUGGCAGAACGGCUCCCAGAGCGAGGUCUCGGACGAGCUUCAAGAAUGGUACAACUGGAAGAAUGGGGAAGAGCGAAAGCGGACUCUCUAUGCUGUUUUCAUCCUUUCGAGUCUCCUCGUAUCCGCCUACAACCAUACCCCAGCGUUGACUAAUUCCGAGAUCACCCUCGACCUGCCUUGCGAUGAAGAGUUCUGGGCGGCAGAUAGCGCGAGCAACUUCGCUGCCAAGGGAGGCGCAAGAAUGGCGGAUCACAACCAGACGACAUUCCAUGAUGCUUUAGGCGAGCUUCUAAGGACCAGUGAGAAGCAGCAGCAACAGCAGAAUAAUUCGGUGAACGGCCAACGAUUUGGACAGGCGAUGGAUACCCCCGAUCUCCCCAAAAGUGAUGUCAGGCCAAGUACAUUUGGAUGUCUGAUUCUCAUCAAUGCAUUGCACAAUUAUAUCUGGGAGACGAGACAGAGACAUCACAAUAAGAUUUGGACAAACGAGGAGACGGAAAAGAUGCAUCGUCACAUCGAUCCCGCACUGAAAGCCUGGCAAGCUGCUUGGGCGAGCAAUCCUCACCACAGCUUGGAACGCCCAAAUCCCUUCGGGUUAGGGCCAUUGUCUGCAGAUAGCAUCCCUCUCCUGGAUCUUGCCUAUGUGCGGCUCUUUAUCAACCUGGGCCGAUCGAAGGAGAAAUUCUGGCAACGAGACUUUGAUGGCAUGGCGGAGGAAUUGUCACGUGGCAGCGAGGUCAUACAGCAUGCCGAGCACUCACCAGACUCCAAUGCUGAAUCCACGGACACCUCCGAUAAUUCCGCCUACGGUUCUGUCUUCGUCGACUCUCCGCCCGCCUCGACAUCCUCCCCAGAAUUCAGAGUAGGUAGACUGCCCUCGAAUGGUGGCAACCAAGUGUCAGGUCAGGCCAUCUCGUCGUCGAAGCGUGAACGACUUCUCCGGAAAGCCGCUUUCUACGCCGCAGACUCGCUGUCGAUGUCGGACAAACUCGGCGUCACCUUUGCAGAUUUCACCUCGAGGGAGCUUCCCUUGCAGUCAGCUUUGUGCGCAUUUGACUGUGCACAAGUUCUCGCAGAGUGGAUUGCCACGGUGCAGGAGCGAGUCGGCCGCUAUCUUGGAAUCCUGGGCAAAGAUGACAUCGAUCUGAGCCAGGUACCUGGCAUCAUGCUUCUUGAAGAGGAAGAUUGCAAGUUGAUCACCAAGAUACAAGAGGUGCUAAACAGUGCCGAGAUCAAGAUGAACUAUGAGCUUGCCGGCAUGGGCGCUGUUGCCCAGAUGAACGCCGCCCAGAGACUUCCGACAGCGGACAACUCGGGAUACGGCAGCAAGAUAUUGAGAGUUACGGCUUACAUGCUUGAUAGAGCCGCCGUGUGGCCAGUCACACACCUCAUGGCACGUGCCCUGGAGACACAGGCCAACCAUAUACGAGCUCGCGCCGAAGAUUCUGUUUCUCAACGGGAAUAG